GAGGGAGAGAGAGGAGGGGGGGCAGCAGGCGGUGCUGGCGGAGUUAACGCAGUCCUGCGAAGUUCGCUUUCUCGAACCGACUGGAAAAGUUUGCACUUCGGUUUAAACCGGGAGCCGUGAAGAGACUGCAGCUUUAACUUAGCAAAAAUGAGACUGUGGUCCUUGCUGUUGUUCCCAGGGCUUUUAGUCUGUGUACUUUUCCCUCUAACAGACUGUGAAGAGCAGCGACUCCCCGACGAGAAGCUUCUAGUUGUGACAGUUGCAACCAAAGAGACUGAUGGCUUCAGGCGCUUCAUGCGGUCGGCCAAACACUUCAACUACACUGUCAAGGUACUUGGUCGAGGUCAGAAAUGGAACGGAGGUGACUACAUGUCAGCUCCAGGAGGGGGCCAGAAAGUACGACUCCUUAAAGCAGCUCUGGAGAAGAUGAAGACUCAGGACAAAAUCAUCCUUUUUAUUGACAGCUACGAUGUGAUUUUCACCUCGGGUCCUGAAGAGCUGUUGAAGAAGUUCCAGCAGGCCAGACACAAGGUGGUGUUCUCCUCUGAGAGCCUGAUCUGGCCCGACAGACACCUGGAGGACAAACACCCCCAUGUGAGGGAGGGCAACAGGUUCCUAGGCUCAGGGGGUUUCGUUGGCUACCUUCCCAACAUCAAAGAAAUGGUUGCCGACUGGACAGGAGAAGACAAUGACAGUGACCAACUGUUCUUCACCAAGAUUUACAUUGAUCCAGCCAAAAGAAAAGCCAUAAAUAUCACACUGGACAGCAAAUGCAGAUUGUUCCAGAACCUUCAUGGAGCCCUCGAUGAGGUGGUGCUGAAGUUUGAGGAUAGACGGGUUCGAGCCAGAAAUUUGCUGUAUGAUACCCUGCCUGUCAUCAUCCAUGGGAACGGACCAACCAAGCUCCAGAUCAACUACCUGGGUAACUACAUUCCCAACACAUGGACAUUUGAGAAUGGAUGUACACUGUGUCAUGAGGAACUCCGCCCACUCACAGCUCUUAAGGAGAGUGAAUACCCACUGGUGGUGAUUGGUAUCUUCAUUCAGCAGCCCACCCCCUUUGUCACAGUGUUCUUUGAACGCCUACUGAAGCUCCAGUAUCCCAAGAACCGGCUCAAACUGUUUAUUUACAACCAGGAAACUCAUCACGAGCGUCAGGUCAGCUCUUUCCUAAAGGAUCAUGGAAGCCUUUAUCAGGAUGUCAAGUUCAUCGGGCCUGAAGAGGAGAUGGAUGGAGUUGCCUCCCGAAACCUGGGAUUUGACAUGUGCCGGAAGGACAAGGACUGUGAAUAUUUCUUCAGCUUGGACAUUGAAGUGGUCUUAAAGAACGAGAACACACUCAAAAUUCUCAUUGAACAAAACCUCCCUAUAGUGGCACCCAUGAUAACUCGAGCUGGUCGACUGUGGAGCAACUUCUGGGGAGCCCUCAGUGUGGACGGCUACUACGCCAGGUCUGAGGACUAUGUGGACAUAGUUCAAGGACGCAGAGUGGGUGUGUGGAAUGUCCCAUAUGUGUCCAGUGUGUACCUGGUGAAGGCGGACCUCCUUCGAUCGGAACUCACAGAAUACGAGCUCUUUAACUCGCACAUCUUAGACCCUGACAUGGCAUACUGCCACAACAUCCGCAGCAAGGGAAUCUUCAUGUAUGUGACCAACAUGCACACAUUCGGCCGCAUCCUGUCGACAGAAAACUAUCAGACCGGCCAUCUUCAUAAUGAUCUGUGGCAGAUCUUUGAAAACCCAGUGGAUUGGCAGGACCGCUAUAUUCAUGAGAACUACACUUACAUCAUGAAAGACAAACUGAUAGAAACUCCUUGUCCUGAUGUGUACUGGUUCCCAUUGUUCUCUGAUGUUGCUAGUAACCAUAUUGUUGAAGAAAUGGAGCACUAUGGGAAGUGGUCAGGAGGAGGCAAUGUGGACAACAGAAUCCAAGGUGGCUAUGAGAACGUUCCCACAGUCGAUAUCCACAUGAAUCAGAUCAACUUUGAAAAGGAGUGGCACAAAAUGUUACUGGAGUACAUAGCACCGAUAACAGAGAAAAUGUAUCCGGGUUACUACACCAAGGCUCAGUUUGACUUGGCCUUUGUAGUUAGAUAUAAGCCAGAUGAGCAGCCCUCUUUGAGACCACACCAUGACGCCUCCACAUUCACUAUAAACAUUGCACUCAAUCAAGUGGGCCUUGAUUACCAGGGUGGUGGAUGCAGGUUCCUCCGCUACGACUGCUCCAUUGAGGCUCCUCGCAAAGGCUGGGCCCUCAUGCACCCGGGCCGCCUCACCCACUACCACGAAGGCCUGCCGACCACCGCCGGUGUCCGGUACAUCGCAGUGUCCUUUGUGGACCCCUGAACACCCCAAAGACGGCACACAUCACCGGCUUGUCCAGACCAAACACGACACACACUGGCCACGUCUUUCUGCACCACAGCUGCUCUUUAUUCCUCCGUUCCUUGUUUAAAGUUCAAAAUGAUAUUGCUUCUGUCUCAUUUAAAGGAUUAUACGCAGCUUGUGACUUUGAUCAAACUAGGAUACAUAAGCAUGCAAUUUGUGCCAGUGCUGGAAAAUGAGGGAAUUAUUUCUCCAGUAUCCAAGUUGAAAAGGCGGUUUUAACACUUAGCCAGUGCAAAAUUAAUGCGACACAAAUAAACAGCGGCCACUGAUAUCAGUGAAUCUGGAAUAACUCGAGGACUAAAUGGACUACUGACCUAACAUGAAGUUGGGACACUGUUACCUGUGGGCAAAGACUCCCCUCAGAGGGGCUGUGGGUGGACUGCGUGAUCAGUUCAACUACUGCAGUCAUCACCACAAGCAGACGGUGGUGAUCAAUCUGAAGGCUCCGGUUUGGUCUGGGGUGUGUGGUGAUCAAUAAUCCAGUCGGUCCUGUUGUGCCUUGAGCUGGACUUCUCUCAGGAAGUCACCACGAGUUCAGCUUAGAUUUUAUUUCAAAACAGUUUUUGAAAACCUUUAUUGUUGAAUAUUACUUCACUAACACUAUCUGUACAUUUCUGUAUCCAAAGCAGUUAUUGUCUAACUCCAUCUUGAACGCUCCAAAGACUGUUAACCCUCUUAUUUAUUUUUUGUACAUUUUAUUUGAUAAAGCCCAACACUCCACUGAUGUAGAUCAGCUGAGUUUCUAAAAGUUGUCAUUUGUUACAACUCACUGUGCUUUGAACACAACUCCAAUAAAACAGUGAACCCAACAGAA